GUGCCUGCCCCGGGACGCCGACGCCCUCCCGGACCGGACUACAACUCCCAGGGGGCUUUGCUAAGGCGCGUUGCCGGGGGCAACGACGCCCCAGGGGUUGGGGUGAGCGCCGCUCCUCUCGCGAGAGGGCCGGCGGCCUCGCCUUACCCAGCCGCACGGCUCUCGCGAGAGCCUGGCGCGCCAUGGCGGCGAGGGGCGCGGAGGAGCUGUUCGCGCUGGAGCUGUGGGUGGAGGCGGUGCGGGUGGCGGCGCCGGGCCCCGCGCUGCGCCCCGCCGUGGCGCUGCGCCUUUUGGGCUUCCCCACCCUCCUGCUGCGCCCCGCCGCCGCCGCCGCCGCGCCGCCCCCGCCGCCGGGCCGGGCCUUCCCCUUCGGCCGCGGCAAGCGCUGCCUCUUCCGCUGGCGCCGGGGCUCGCUCUGCGCCGCGCUCCGCCGCCGCCCGCUCCGCGCCCUGCUGCUGGCGCUGCCCGCCGGGCUGGCCCCGGGGCCCCCCCGCCUCCUCGGCGGCUGCGACGUCUCCCUGGCCCCCGCCGCCGCCGAGCUGCUGCAGCGGCCCGGGGCGCCCGCUGCCUGCGGCCGCCGCGGCCGGUUCCCGCUGCGGGACGCCGCGGGACGCCCCGUCGGGGAGCUGGUGCUGGGCUACCGCCUCGCCAGCCUGGGGGCAGGCGAGGAGCCGCCCCCGCCGAGCUCCGCUAGCCCCCGCGCUGCCACCUCCCCGGAGCCGGGGGGCGAGGAGGAAGAGGAGGAGGAGCUGGAGGGCAACAUCUUUUGCCCUCCCACGCUCUAUUACAGCCGCGAGCCUGCUGACCCUCAUCAGCCGCCGGCAGCGGCGGCCGCAGGGCAAUGGGAGCGUGUCGAGGCCGGGAGACAACGGGAGAAAGACGAGGGCCGGAGCCCCCCGCGUCCCAGUGGCGGGCCCUCACUGCUGCGCCCCUCCAGCCCUCAGCAGCUCCACGGCCCCCUAGGGCAGCUGCCGCUACUCCGUGCCUUGCUGGCAGAGCUGUCGGUGCUCACCCACAGCGCUACGCCUGCUGCUGUCCACCCCUGUCUUGCCUGGCUCUACCAGGCCCCCGGGAGCGGUGGCAUGGCCUCGCAGCCCCCCUGCCCCCGCUGCUCGUCUGCCCUCAAGCCUUCAGAGGCACCUGUGGGCCCUGGUGGCAGUCAGCCCUCAAUUCAGGCUGGAGCUGCCAGCCCUCAAUUCAAGCAAGGCCAGCAAGAGUCCACCUCACUGCUGCGUUCUCAGGCUGGGAGAGGACCUAAGAAAGCUGUACCCCAGGGAGAGAUGAGCUCUGAAAGGAACUGUGAAACUAAGGAAAACAGACCUCCCAGGAAGAAAUUGUUGUACGGGCUGACGAAUACACUGAGGCUACGGCUGCAGCAGACCAACCCUGAUAAGCUCAUAAUUCAUGAAAGGAGAGAGCAGUACAGAAAAAAGCAAAUGGAGAUGCUGAGGGAGAGAAACCCUUUAUCCAAAAGAAAGCUGGUCAGAAAUGCUGGAGAACAGCAUGUGGUUUCUCACAGGCAUUGUAGCAAGGCAGACAGUUCAAAGCAGAAUAAUCGGUUUGAUAAAACUGUUGAGACUUCAUUACAAAAGGGUGCUCUCACAGAGUGCGUUUCUGUGACAGGAGAUGUGUCCCCGGGCCUGCAGAAACAAGCUAUUGCAAGUGUAUUGAAGAACAAUGAAAUUGCAAGCAAGGAACGAACAUGCAAAGUAACUACAGCCCCCUUACUGGAGGAAACUGUAUUAAAAUCUGCUCACAAGGAAAAGUAUGUGAAAGCCCAACUCCCAGCAGCUUUCCCAUCAGAUGCUAAUGCAAAGGGAAGCAAUGAGGAAGCAAUACACUUAAUCCAUCGUAAAACCACAAAUGAUGAUGAUGUGUCAGUUCUAAGUGAUCACCAACCAAGCCCCAGCGGGAGUCUUGAAAACCGCUCUGAAUUUGUAUACUCAGAUGACUUUGUUGCUAGUCCUGAGAACACAGUUUAUUCAGAAGAUUUCACCAGUGCUGAGUGUAUAGGCAGAGACUCAGAAGCUCCUGACAGCAGUCCUGAACCUCUGUGGCUUGAAAGCCCAAAGCAAGGCUGGUCAGAUACAGAGCCGGAAUCCAGCAGGUCCAGAAUUUCAAAGACAAGUCAAAGAGCUGGAAGUAGUUCAGAUCUUCUGCCAGUUCCUUCAGCUUCAUCUCCAGUCCAGUCUUUGAAGAGAAACUGUGACUUGAAAAUGAGCAAGAGAACUAGGGGUGAAUCUGUUGAUUCACCGAACCUUUCUCGACUGGAGGCCUUGUUAUUAGAUGAAGAGCAGGAAACCCAACAGAUCAGCAAGGAAGAGAACAGCGGUGAUCAGCAUAUUAAACAAGUAUCUACACUGAGAAGCAAACAAGAUAGCUCUGAUAUUGAUCUGAAUGUAGGAAAGGGGCAGACAUUUGCAGGAAGAAACCAGUCAGUAACUCAAGUUGGCUCGUACUUGCCAUCUGACAUGCGUGAUCUUGAACUUAGUGUCCUGGAAAACAGUACGUCAGACAAAGAGGGUGAUUUUCUGGGAAAACUAAGUGUUCCUAAUCAAUACAAAGACAUCAGUGAACUUGUAAUAAACAAGCUUCCAGGAUAUACAAUGUAAUUGCAAGUUUUCACGGUCUGGAUUAAGAUAUAUUUUAACUUUAUAAGGCCUGAUACAUUUAGCUGCAGUAUAUACAAGUUAAUUUAAGACUAUCAUGCAAAUUUAAUACAUUGGUGAAUUUACUUAAGUUU